AUGCGAUCUCGGCAGAGAGGAGAAAACAAACAUGUGUUGCGCAUCGGAAAGCCAGACUUCGGUGCAAGAAGUUUGCAGGCUGCCGACUUUGCAGCGCCUUGUGACCUUCCUGGUCAUGCAAGCCUGUGUUUGCACUACAAGGCAGCAGCACCAGCGCAAAUUAUUCGCAGCACGCAGUUGCUCUCAAGGACCCGGAAUGGGCAGCUCCAGUUGCCAGAGAUCUUCCUAAGGCAUCCUGCAGAUCUGGAGGAUGAGGAGGCCUUGAGGCAGCUGUUCCAGUCUGCAGCGGCUGGAAGCAAAGGCCUCCGCAAAAAGGAGUUCGCCGUCCUCUGCCAGUCUCUCCUGCACAUCGACCUCGAGUAUCGAGAGUUGGAGCGAAUCUUUGAGCUGGUGGUGACCUCUGAAGGGCGCCCAGUCAUGACGGAGGAUCACUUCGUGAAGACAGUUCAGCGACGUUUCUUCUUGCGGGGCAUCCGACGGGUGGUGCAGCUUCCGGACGCGCAGCACCCGUCACUACCCAAGAACUUCAACCUGGACAUGGACACGGCAGCAAACCAUCGAUCCGACACAGAUCCAUUCGUUGGUCCUUAUGCGAAGAUACGAGCGACGCGCGAUCACGUGUACCAUGGGCGCUACACGGUUGAUCGCCAGACUUGGCAAGACAGUGUCAUAGACACAGUUGUUCAAAGGACAGUGGAACAGGCACGCCCCAGGAUGGUUUUCACCUGUGGUGCAAUGGGUGUCGGUAAAGGCUACGCAUUGGCCUGGAUGUCCCAGAAAGGUAUAUUCCCUUUGGAAGACAUCGUGCACAUUGAUCCGGAUCACUUCAAGCAGGUGAUGCCUGAGUGGCCGGCAUUUCUUGAGUAUGGGCGCGAGAGAGGGGAUCCUGACAUACCCGGCAACCGCUGUCACCGCGAGAGCUGCUACAUGCAAGAGCUUGCAUUGGAAGAGUCGAUGCGGCGAUCGCAGCACAUUUGGGUUGACGGAUCUUUGCGCAAUGCAGAGUGGUUUGUGAAAGUCUUCAGCGACAUUCGCUUGCGCUACCCAGCAUAUCAGAUUGCGAUUUUCAAAGUCACGGCGCCGGAAGCGGUUAUCCGGAAGAGGGUCUCUGAACGUGCCAAGCAAACCGGCCGAAGCAUUCCUGAGAGUAUGCUGGUGGCAAGCAUUGGAGCUGUUGAAAGGUCUGUGCUGAUGUUGACUCCGCAUGCAGACUUCUUGGCCAGCAUUGACAACUCGGAAUCCACGCCGAAGCUGCAGUACUUCGCAGCAGUUGACCGCUCAGGCGACUGGCAACGCAUUGCGACGAGAUUCGCGCAUAUUCUGCCCGCAACAGAUGCGUUUCCAAAGAAGCUCUCACCAUUUUUCGUUUCGCAACUGGAAGUCUGCCCAAAGUUGGAGCUCCAGGAACCCCUGAAAUGCCGCACCGACGGUGUGAACAGUUGCCAACACGGCACUCUGAUCAUGCGUGGCCUACACUUCGAAGUGAAGCUGUCCCCGUCAAUCCGUGUGACUCUGGAUCCCGAGACGCGCCGUGUUGCGAACAUCCACAAGGACGCUGUCGCGGUGGCGUAUCUCCAUCCACUAUCACAGGUUUCCGAGGCAGGAAUGGCAGAGCUGAGCUACUCCGAACGCCAGGUGCUCAAUUUGGGCGCCUUUGCCAACUUCAACCUGGAAGAUCAGUUGGUGGCUGUAAAUUCCGUGGCCUCUACUACACAGCAGCGUCAGCCUGCACUGCUGGAGUUUGGCUCCGCCUAUCCCGUGUCCGAAGAAGAGGCAAAGUCUCUGCCCCAAAACAGAUGGGCACCACUCACGCUUCAGCACAUGAGGGAGGCUGGCGGUCAAAGGUUUGCAUUCAUCACGCCCCUGGAGAAGUUGGCCAGCCGCCGGGUGAGUGCCAAUAGUGGAUUCUUGUUCGAAAUCCUGUCGCAAGGCCACAACACCUUCCUCAGCAGCGACACUCGACGAUGCGAGCGGAGGUUCUUUGCGCUUCAGUAUGUGCUGAGAGUAGACGUUGCUAUUCCUCCGGACGUGUUGGGCAUGACGUCUCGCUCGCCAUCGUACAAGGUGGACCACAUCGGGCGGACGGUUAAGUCUACGAAGCUCCGCCACGCCUGGACGUUGUACCUCUGUGAGGCGGAGGUCAAGGUGGAAUUGGAGCACAGCCGGCUGACUGGUAAAAAGAAGGUUCUGGUUGACGGGAAGCUGCUCUUCUCCACCACAGACAAAAACCUGCACUGGUGUUGGGAACAUCCAGAUUCCAAAGCUCGAAUCACAUUGAACUCGGAGAACGGCAAGCACGUCCUAAGAUGUGAGGAGCCCGAGAUUGCAAAAUGCGCCAUAGAGGGGGAACCAGACAGAUACCCAGCUGUGGAGCUUUCCAGCUUGGCGCCCGAGACUUGCGUCACAGAGCCUGUGCUGGAAGAGGCUUCAAUGCAAGGAGAGGAAACCGCAGACAACGAACUAUUCUCCUCUGGGUAUUCGGACAGUCCUGUCAGACAAAAUCUUGCAAGCAAGUACGCCAAUUGCGAGAACGACCUGCAGGACUACGAUGCCGAGAUCGCAGAGGAGGCCAAACCCUCGGUUCCGUCGUACCUUGUGACGCGGCCUCAGCGAAAAGGUGCUCUUCAGGAGAUAUCCGCGGAGACUGCGCGACUAAACGCCUUGCUCGGUGUCAAGGAUGCGCAGAUCGCUGCUUUGCAAGAUGAGCUGCGGAGGUGUGCCGUGGGGAGAGAGGCCAGCGGGCCUAUUGAGGCGGUGCCAACGCUCGAGAUGGAGGUUACAGUGCCCGUGCCCGUAAGCCCCAUUCAGAGGCUGGAGGGCCCAUCGCCGUCGCCACAACGGUCGCCACAGCUGCCGCCUCCGCAGCUUGUUGCAAGCGUAGCCUCGGAGCACUUCCUGGUUGCAGAGCUGCCGUCAACUCCGGUUCUUUAUCCCAAGGCCGCCAACGGAGACUCAGAGGGUGUGCGGAGACACCAGUCCCCGCACGCGAAGGCUGUGAAUCCGCUGGACCAAGAGGAGCUGGAUGUGACCCACCGGCGAGGGCCCGCUGCGCCCGCUGCCGCUCACAUUGCUCCGCUUGCUCCGGCGCCUGGAGCACAGGCGUGCGUACAGGGCCCAUGCAUGACUCCGCCUCAGCCCUCUCCAUUUCUGGGCCAGCGCUACGUUUCGACGCCGCGGCGGUGCGCUGGACCGAUGCAGGGCGGCACGGCAGCAGCGGAGCAGCGUGUUGGAGACGGAGCUCGAGGGAGAGCUGGCAGCAUGCCUCCCGUACACUGGGCCUCUCCUGGGCCAGCGUGGCAUGUGGAGCCGAAUGCUCGUUCUUCCGGAAGGCACGGACGAAGCUCGGCGCCCCCUCAGAACGCUCGGAGCGUUUCCGUACAGCCACAGCCUUGCUGGAGCCAAAGGAGCCGCACACCUGGGCGCGCGACGCGAUCAAUAACGCCCAGACGGGAUGCACGACAGACGCAGGCGCAGCCCCAGGCACCUGUCUUCCAGAUGCCACCAACCCGAGCAGCGCCGGCGGUGCCUGCAUUACAAGGUUGCCCACCACCUUGGCAGCCCCUUCCGCACUGGGCGGGUCCCAAUGCGCCCGGGCCCGGCGGCCCACAUGGCCCUGGCCAUCCUGGCUGCCCUGGCUGCCCUGGCUUGCUGCCAGCCGUGCUGCUUGGACCCCAAGUUCAAGGGCCACUGGCAGGCAACGUGCCGGUGAUGGCCCAUCCGUCAGUGGUGCAGGGCGUGCGCUGCAGGCUGAAUCAGGUGGGCGCCAUGGCUGGGAUUGCCCCAGACUUAAGGCUGAUGCCGCAGCCCAGACCGGUACAGUUGUAG